UACUUUUAUAUACAAAUUUCCUUCAAGAACACAACUACUAAACUCUUGAAUAGAAGAGAAACUCAAGAAAACAAAGAUGAAAAUUCAAAGAAAACAAAGUGUAGUACUAGUACCACUUCCAUGCCAGGGGCAUUUAACACCAAUGUUGCAGCUUGGAAGUAUCCUUCAUUCUCAAGGCUUUUCUGUUAUAAUAGCACAUCCUGAAUUCAAUACUCCUAAAUAUUCUAAUCAUCCUGAAUUCGUCUUCCAUUCUAUGGAUGACGUAUUAAAGGGAAUUAACAUAUCGUCACCGAGUCUAGAGAACAUAUAUGAUUUGAAUGAGAACUGUAAGGUGCCCCUCAGAAACUACCUUGUUAAGAAGAUGAAAGAGGAAGGUGAUCAGCUUGCUUGUAUCGUUUAUGAUAAUGUCAUGAUUUUCGUUGAUGAUGUAGCCACUCAGUUAAGGCUUCCCAGCAUUGUCCUGCACACUUCCAGUGCUGCAUAUCUGCACUCCAUGAUCACCAUUUAUCAGCAACCAGAAAAAUAUUUUCCUUUCGAAGAUUCUCAGUUGUUGGAUCCGUUACCAGAGCUUCAUCCCUUGAGGUUUAAGGAUGUACCAAUUCCUACUGUUAAUAAUACAGUUGCAGAACCGGUACUAGACUUCUUUAAAGCAAUCAACAAUAUAGGGUCAUCUGUUGCGACUAUUUGGAACACGAUGCAAGACAUGGAGAAUCCAAUAUUGUUACGCCUUCAAGAACAUUACAAGGUGCCCUUCUAUGCAAUAGGCCCUUUUCACAAAAUGGCGCCUAUGGCCUCAUCGACUAGCAUACUACAAGAAGAUGAUAGCUGCAUCAAGUGGCUCGACAGACAAGUUCCUAACUCUGUUCUUUAUGUCAGCAUAGGUAGCCAAAUGAGGAUUAAUGACAAAGAGCUAACUGAGACUGCUUGGGGAUUAGCUAAAAGUGAUCAACCAUUCUUGUGGGUUAUUAGACCGGGCUCUGUCUCUGGCUUUCAAUGUGCUGAGGCACUGCCUGAUGGUUUUGAGAAAAUGGUAGGAGAAAGAGGACGAAUAGUGAAAUGGGCGCCACAAAAACAGGUGCUUUCACAUCCCGCGGUAGCAGGCUUUUUCACUCAUUGUGGUUGGAAUUCUACGCUUGAAAGUAUUUUGGAGGAAGUCCCUUUGAUAUGCAGGCCAUUUCUAGCAGACCAGCCGGUGACAGCUAGGUAUCUGAGCCACAUGUACAAGGUUGGGUUCGAAUUGGAGGUUAUCGAGAGAACGGUCAUAGAGAAAACAGUAAGAAAGCUCAUGUUAAGUGACGAAGGCAAAGAUCUGAAGAAAAGAGUUGUAGACAUGAAACAAAAGAUAGUUGUUGGAAUGCAGAUUGAUGGUGCUUCACAUAAGAAUCUGAAUGAUUUGGUAGACUUCAUUUCUGCCUUGCCAUCACGGCUCCCUCCGCCAACACCUGUUGUUGGAGCAUUCGAUACAUCAAGCAAGUGUAUCAGAGAGUCCUGAAGUUAGAAGAAUUACAUAUUUUUGUUGCCUGCUAGCUUGGCAAGACAACAAGUCCUUUAAUCACAAAGGAAGAAUAAGACUAGAAUCACAAGACUUUCUUAUUUUGGUCUAUUGAUUUGCUUAAUAAGUUGGGAACUUUGACAUAUUGUUUCCUAAUUGUUAGAACUUAGAUAUAUUUACUCUUUGUUAUCCCUAUGUUAAAAACAUAAUAUGUAGUAUUCAACGAGGGAACUAGUAAA